CCCCAUACAGCCAAAGGUCUUCUUUAUAAACUCAUUGACUCAUAUAGCCCUACACGUUGAGGCGUAGGCUAUCUGUCAUUUUGUGCCAGUGGUCACAUGGCUUUGGCCCUCAGGAAUGGAUAGAGAUGGAUCCCCACGUCAGCUUGUACGUCUAAGGAUUUCUGCUCCACCAGUCUGCCUCAAAGUGACUGGAGCGCAGCGCCGCGGAGGAACUAUGCGAGGAUUAUUAUAGGACGGGUUUUUUUCCCCCAACGGCAGAAUAUGGAUUUUGAUGAGAGGAUCUCAGGCUCUAAUAUGUAUUUACCGAGCUGCACUUACUACGUCUCCGGAGCUGACUUCUCGGGUCUCCCUCAUUAUUUAACCCAAAGCCAGUCUUCUUGCCCCAUGACAUACUCCUACCAGUCCUCAGCCCUGCCACAGGUCCCGUCCGUGAGAGAUGUGGCUUUCAGAGACUAUGGCAUUGAUACUUCCAGUAAAUGGCACCACAGCAGGGGGAGCCUAUCGCACUGUUACGCCGAGGACAUCGUGCACAGGGACGGCUGGACGAGCCCGACCUCGAGAGGUGGGGAAAUCCUGGUAAAAGGCGGUUCCUCCGGCGCCGGCCACUCCGGCUCCAGCUCCUCCAACCCGACGCCCGGCUUCUAUGGCAGCGUUGGCAGGAACGGCGUCCUGCCGCAGGCGUUCGACCAGUUCUUCGACACCGCCUACGGGAGCGCGGAGAACAGCACAACAACAGCAACGACAGCACAAGCGGCGGCUGCAGCGGCGGACGCGGACAGACACGCGGCCAAAGCGAGCCCCGCUCCGGCUCACCCGGGAUCGGACACGGCGGAGAGCUGCAGCCCCAAGUCGUCCUCCGGCCACAGCGAGGAGAAGCAGAGCAAAAGCAACAGUGGCCAGAGGACGCGCAAGAAGAGAUGCCCGUACACCAAGUAUCAGAUCAGGGAACUGGAGAGGGAGUUCUUUUUCAGCGUUUACAUCAACAAGGAGAAGCGUCUGCAGCUCUCGCGGAUGCUCAACCUCACAGAUCGCCAGGUCAAAAUCUGGUUUCAGAACAGGAGGAUGAAGGAGAAGAAACUGAACAGAGACCGUUUACAGUACUACACCACAAACCCCCUGCUAUAAAAAAAAAAAAAAAAAAAAAAAAAAACUGAACAAAGACUGUCACUGGCACGCAGCCAUGCACACUCUCAUCUAGAUUACACGUCUGCAUCAUUACCUGGACAACAUGACGAGUUUUUUAAUGUACCAGACUUCAUAAAGAAUUCUACUAUUUAUACACUAUUUUGUCAUUAAACACAGUUGGCUCUAUUA